CCAAAUUCAAACAGGGAAACGAUCGCUACUGGGGGCGGAUGGGGAGGACGGCGACCGCGACCGGAAGUCCUGAAGCUAACUUUUCCUUGCGCGUCUCCUGCUCGGCUGGGGAGGGGGACUUGUUCCUCUCAUUUUCAAUGGAGAGUAACUGUUCAGAUAAAUAAUGAGGACCAGCCCUCGCAGGCCCUUAAUUCUCAAAAGAAGGAAACUGACCCUUCUACAGAAGGAGGUAUCCAGUACUUCAGGUAGAGAUGAGAACAGUGGUCACGAUGAAAAGACACCUAAGCAGGAGCACAGCCAGGAGGACCAAAAGGACAGCCAAUGCAGAGACAAAAUAGACUGUGGCCUGCAGAAAUUUCCAGCGGGAAUAAAGAUAAUGAACCAUCCUACCAUGCCCAACACACAAGUGGUGGCCAUCCCUGCAAAUGCAGAUAUCCAAAGCAUCAUAGAGGCCCUGACAGCAAAAGGAAAAGAGUGUGGCAACAACGGGCCCAAUAAGUUCAUUCUCAUUAGCAGUGGGGGAACUUCUCGUUCAGCAGGUUUGAUACUAUCACAGCACCUUCCCUCAGUGGAGAAACCUGGCACAGUGACUAGGUCUUCGAAUAGUCAAGUAAGAGAGAAGAAUAUUUCACAGACACCUGAAAUUGCAGGUGGAUCAAUGGACUGGCAUUCAGGAAUUGAUUCUUCAUUUGCACAGAAACCAGAAAACAGCAGUGGUGAGACAACGAGCUCUGUGCUGGAUAAUAGUCUCACUAACAUCCAGUGGCUGGGGAAGAUGAGAACUGAUGGACUAACUCCCUGUUCUGUGAAGCAAGGCACGGAGAAAGAGAACCAGAUGCCACUACGGGGAAGAAUCAAGACUGAGAAUUCUGCUGCUGUUGCCAUUCCCUCCUCCUCAUGGCAGGAUUCAGUAUCAGAACGACCUCCAUACUCCUACAUGGCCAUGAUCCAGUUUGCCAUCAACAGCACUGAGAGGAAGCGUAUGACUCUGAAAGACAUCUAUACCUGGAUUGAGGAUCAUUUCCCAUAUUUUAAGCAUGUGGCUAAGCCAGGUUGGAAGAAUUCUAUUCGGCAUAACCUGUCCCUCCAUGAUAUGUUUGUCCGUGAGACAUCUGCUAAUGGUAAAAUCUCAUUCUGGACUAUUCACCCUGAUGCCAACCGUUGCCUAACGUUGGACCAAGUGUUUAAGAUGAUCUCUGUAUUUGGAGGAAAAAAGAAAAGGGUGCUGUGGCUUUUGCUGCUGGAGCUUCUUUGGGAUGCAUUCAUUCUUCAGCAAAAGCAACAUGUUUCAGAUCCCCAGAAGAACAUGGGAAACAACAAUAGCAGCAAAACUGAAUCCCAAAAUGCACGACGAAAGAUGAAGCCUUUGCUUCCUCGCAUCAACUCCUACCUUGUUCCGAUCCAGUUUCCAAUGAGUCAGCCUCUCGUCUUGCAGCCUUCUUUGAAGGUUCCUCUAUCUACAGUACAGGGAGCAUCCCACAACAGCUCAGAGACCUUCCGGAGCAAUAAACGUGUGCGCAUUGCUCCAAAGAUGUCGCUCUCUAUUGAAGAGUCAUCGUCUUUACCCAUAGCUGCGGCAAAGGAGGAGAGCCAAUUUGAUGAAGGAUUUUUUUCCCCAACACAUUGUCUGAAGGAGAACAACUGUCAGCUUGGUGAGGAAUCAUCUUCUUUCCCUGAGGCACUCUGCAUUAAGGAAGAGGAAAGCUCACAGCUGGGGGACUGGCUGUCCCCUUUUGCUUCAACCAUAACUGUAAAGGAAGAGCCAGACUUGUUUGUCCCAGCCUCAGCCAUGACAGAGAAGAAAUGUUUCACUAUAGUGAAGUCACCAUCUAAGGCUGUUUCUGACACAUUAGUUAUAAAGAGAUGUGAGAGGCGGGAAAUGAGCAGAUCCAGAAGGAAACAACACCUAGCACUGCCUUGCUCAGAAGAGCCUGUCGUCAUCUUUCCAGAGAGCAAUGAAUUUGAUCCUUUCCAGUUAGGGGCAGACCUCCCCUUACUGCAGGAAAACCAGCCUCUAGAGAAUGUAUCACAGCUGAGAUGCCUGCAGGAGGAAGAGGGACCUUUUAAAACACCAGUCAAAGAGAUGUUCAACAAGUUGCCAGUUUCUUCCACUCCCUGCAAAGCAGCGACUACUACCCCCCCACUAGGGGGCCUUGACCCCUGGAAGUCUGCAUCGUCAGCCAAGAGAGGUAAUGAGCUGGAUUUCAGUCCAGUGAGAACCAUUCAGCUGCCGAUCACAGCCUUCCAGGAGAACCAAGACUUGCUGGCUUUUAACAGCACGCCCCUUAAAAAUCCUCUCCCCGAGUCCUCUUGGGAACUGCUCAAUACAGAAUCCAACGACACAGCGCACGGCCCCCUCACGAGUUCUCCAUCUUUUAUUCACAAAUCUAGUAAGCAGUUGCCCCUUGAACUACCAGCCUCUAGUUUUACUGAAAACCGAUCGCUCAUGGAGGGCCUGAUUUUGGACACCAUGAAUGACAGUUUGAGCAAAAUCCUUUUAGAUAUCAGCUUUCCUGGUCUUGAGGAUGAAAACUUAGGAACAGACAUUAGUUGGUCUCAGCUUAUACCUGAACUGAAGUAA